UUAGUUUGGGAAGUAGCGCCCCGCGCUCAUCCGAUCCGCGCGGCCGCGCCGGCUGUGUCAAGUUACAGAGGCGCCGGAAUCGGCCCCAGCACGGCUCAUUGCGGCCACGACCCACCUCUGCCCAUGGGGCCCUGCAUGCGCGCCCCUUCGCCUGGGGACUGACACCCGCUCGCUCCGGAGACGCAAGACACUUCGUAGGACCCCGAGCGUCUCACCAGCCCGAGGACUGUGCAGAGGCGAGAAGGGAAAGAGCGGGGGAGUGGGGCCAGAACCCCCCCAACUUGGAAGCAUUCUUCGAAAUAACUUUUUCUCCUACUUCAGCGCACCCUAAUCUCGCCUGUCCCCCACUCCGACUGCUCAUUUUCUGUCGUCUUUAAGGAGUAAAGGAAAGGGACGUUCUCCAGCCACGCUAACCCCGUUUCCCCCUGCCUUGCAGUUUGGAUUGCGCUUCUUGGAUCUCACUUUUAUUUAUUCUAUUUAUUUAUUUAUUGGUUCUUAAGACGCGAGGGGAUGGUGGCGGAGCGCGCCCGCAAAGCGGCAGCCACAGGCACUCGCGGCCCUGGGAGCUGGGCGCGUCUGGGCCCGACGGUGGCGCUGGCGGAGCUGUGCGCGAGGCUGCCGAGCCCCGGGUGCUGCGGACUGCUGGCGCUGGCGCUGUGCUCGCUGGCGCUUAGCCCUGCUCGCCACCUUUCGAGCGCCGAGCUGCAGGCCCGGGUGCUGCGCCUGGAAGCAGAGCGCGGGGAGCAGCAAAUGGAGAAAGCUAUUUUGGGACGAGUCAACCAACUGCUGGACGAGAAAUGGAAGUUUUACUCGCGCAGGCGCCGGGAGGCCCCCAAGAUGUCUCCAGGAUGUAACUGCCCACCAGGACCUCCUGGCCCCACGGGAAGACCUGGACUCCCUGGGGACAAGGGUGCCAUCGGGAUGCCUGGACGUGUGGGUGUCAAAGGUCAACCAGGCGAGAAGGGUGCCCCUGGAGAUGCGGGGAUGUCCAUCAUCGGGCCUCGAGGCCCCCCUGGUCAGCCAGGCACUCGAGGCUUCCCUGGAUUUCCGGGUCCCAUUGGUCUUGACGGCAAGCCGGGCCACCCUGGACCUAAAGGGGAGACGGGCCUGGUGGGUCCCCGCGGACAACCGGGCCCUCAGGGGCAAAAGGGAGAAAAGGGUCAGUGUGACGAGUACCCACACCGGGAGCACCCAGGCAGCAUCCUAGCAGCUCUGUGCUCCAGCCCGAUAAUUGCCCUGAAGGGGGAACAAGGCCAGGCUGGCAUCCAAGGCCCUCCAGGGCCACCAGGCCCCCCAGGACCAAGUGGCCCUCUGGGACACCCAGGACUGCCAGGGCCUAUAGGGCCACCUGGUUUACCUGGGCCUCCUGGAGCAAAGGGAGACCCAGGGAUCCAGGGCUACCAUGGCCGCAAGGGAGAACGGGGCAUGCCGGGAAUGCCCGGCAAGCAUGGAGCCAAGGGGGCUCCUGGGAUCGCCGUGGCCGGAUUGAAGGGCGAGCCUGGGACUCCAGGAGCCAAGGGAGAAAAAGGUGAUGCAGGCAAUGCCAUUGGAGGAGGCAGAGGGGAGCCUGGCCCCCCAGGGCUCCCUGGGCCCCCUGGGCCAAAGGGAGAAGCUGGUGUGGAUGGCCAGGCUGGACCUCCAGGACAGCAAGGAGACAAGGGGCAGCCAGGAGCAGCUGGGGUGCAGGGACCAGCUGGCCCCAAGGGUGCCAAGGGUGAACCCGGGAAGGGAGAGAUGGUGGAUUACAAUGGAAACAUCAAUGAGGCGCUUCAGGAGAUCAGGACACUGGCCUUGAUGGGUCCUCCUGGUCUUCCUGGACAAACAGGCCCACCUGGACCUCCAGGGAGUCCAGGUCAAAGGGGGGAGAUUGGACUGCCAGGCCCUCCAGGACAUGAUGGGGAUAAGGGACCUCGAGGAAAACCAGGAGAUAUGGGGCCCGCUGGCCCUCAGGGACCCCCAGGAAAAGAUGGGCCUCCGGGAAUGAAGGGAGAGACCGGACCCCCAGGGAGCCCUGGGGAGAAAGGGGAGACAGGACAAGCAGGCCCCCAGGGUCUAGACGGCCCAACUGGGGAGAAAGGAGAACCAGGUGACGAAGGGAGGCCCGGAGCAACAGGAUUACCUGGGCCCAUCGGGCUCCCAGGAUUCACAGGAGAGAAAGGAGAAGCUGGAGAGAAAGGUGACCCAGGAGCAGAGGUUCCCGGGCCACCAGGGCCAGAGGGGCCUCCAGGACCUCCGGGCCUCCAAGGUGUUCCUGGACCAAAGGGAGAAGCAGGCCUGGAUGGCUCCAAAGGAGAGAAGGGUUCCCAGGGAGAAAAAGGAGCGGGGCCUCUGGGAUUGCCUGGUACUCCAGGACCAAUUGGGGUUCCAGGCCCAGCUGGACCAAAGGGCGAGAGGGGCAGCAAAGGAGACCCAGGGAUGACAGGACCAACGGGAGCAGCAGGGCUUCCUGGUUUACACGGACCACCCGGGGACAAAGGAAACCGGGGGGAGAGGGGGAAGAAAGGCUCUAGAGGGCCUAAAGGGGAUAAAGGGGACCAAGGAGCGCCUGGACUAGAUGCCCCCUGCCCGCUGGGAGAAGAUGGCUUACCAGUCCAAGGCUGCUGGAACAAGUGACGCCUCUAACCUCGGAUUGGCCUGUGUGUGUGUGUGUACAUAGGAUAUUUAUUUUUAUACAGUUUUCACUUUUUGAAAAUGCCCAAAGUAUGAUUCAUCUUACAGAUCAUUGAAAAAGAGAAAGAGGAAAGCCUGCAUAUUUUGUACAGAAAGUAACCCUUCCGUGUUUGUUUACAAGACGUUUUUGUAUAAAUCUGUUUCUAAUACACUUCCUGUCUGUGAGUCUGCUCCUAAUGUUGCAUGAUAUUUGUGCACACUUAUUAAAUAUCACAGCUUAAUAAGUUAUUGUGUUCCAGCACCAAAGGGGGCCGCCAGCACAGAGGUGCUGCAAGCUUACGUGUGAAUUCACAGAAAUGUGGAGAUAACAUGGCGCUUGCCAGACUAGAUGUGUCUGACAGUAUUUUACACUUUAACGGACUUUCAUUAUUAAAAAAAAAUGAAAUGUG